AUGACUUCACGUGGCUCUGCGAGAUUCAAAGUAAAAAGAGUGAAAGAAAAAAUACCAAAUGUAUAUAGUUCUUCCAACUUAGAAGUUCUCUCAGGGGGACAAAUCAAAUUUACCAAAGGUCGAGGUUCCAAGUAUGACGCUGUCAAAGUAGAUAAUUCCGUUGUGCCCAAAUUAAAACCAGAGUUCGAAGCUAUGGGCAUAUAUAAGCAACCCACAGGUAUAUUGCAAGCUCAUUACAAAUCUCCAGAUGAAGUACUGACUGAAGACUAUAAAUUUGAACCCAGUGAACUGGUAUAUUUGAGUAGGCAAGAAAUAAAGGGUUAUACGAAAAUCGAAUUACCAGAUGAGGAUAUAGCAAACGACAUACAUUAUUAUGUUGCCCAUAGGAUAAUGAAUAGACUAGGAAUUUCAGAGGAGGAUUACAACAAAGAAUUUUGCCGAUUCCUAGAUGGAUCGGCCUUACUAGCGUUAAGUUCAUUGGUAACUAAAUGGGUCGAGGAUUGUUGUGGAGAGUCUACUUUUAAAGCAUACAUGGAGAAAAUUGUAGAAAAAAAAUCAGAGAAAUUAAGUAGCAUAGAUGAAUUUAUCAGGGUUUAUGAUGAAGAUGAAGACGAUGAAGACGAUGAAGAGACAGAUGAGGAAGUUGACGGAAAAAAUGAGAGUGAUAAUGAAAGUGAACGCAAAGAGAGGCGAAGUCGAAAAGGCUCUGAUUUCGCAACCCGUAGAAGUAGUAGUAACUCAAAUUCUAGCUCAGAUGACAGUAAUAGCUUAUCAGAGGAUUUCAAGCCAAUACGGGUUACAAAAACCACUGAAAGAUCUUAA